CAAAUGGGCAAUGGGCCAGGUCUGGCCUGUGAAUCAGAGUUUGCCAAUCCCUGUUAAUAUAAACAGAUUUAAUUAAGCAUGCGUAUGGGAACUAUUUAGACCCUGAGGCAGCUUUCCGAAGCUGCAUGUAUUGAAAUUAGAAGUUAUGAAGUUUGCACAUUGAAACCUAAAAUUCUGCACCUCCAGUUCCUGUUGAAACAAGUUAGGGCUUGUUAAAAAUUUAGAGAACCCCAACUUCCAUGACUAAUGUUGGUUUCUUGGCCUUUCAGGUCAAGAGUGUAUAAUUAACGAAUUAGGUCUUCAUUUCAGAGAAGCAUCUUAGAAAUUGUUUUCCCAGUACACUCUCGGGUUGUUGUUGUCACAUUGAGACAAUUGAUUUGGCUGCGUAGGAAUAUAUUGAGGUCGUCAGCACUGGCAUCGAUGUUUAAAUUAUUUUUAAUGCCCUUGAAACUUAACAGUCGUUGUUAACGAAGGGUGAAAGCUUGGCAAAUGUCGUGGAAGUUAUUCUAGAGAAAGAAUCAGUUGAGUAUUGGAGUCAAAGGACGCUGAGAAGUUAAUCGUCCUCCACUGGAGCAGCUUCACUUCUUUUUUUUCCUGAGAGGAAGCCAAAAGGAAGAGACCUCAAGCGGCCAUGAACUCUGCCAUCACCAGCCCUGAGCACCCAGACCCCUCGUGGAGGGGUGACGGUGUACUCAGCUCCCAGGAAGGCAGCCAAGACAAGAAGAAGGAUGACCAGCCCAGGAGUCCCAGCAGCAGCCACCUGGCUUAUAGCAUCCUGGAUAUCCCUCCAUGGUAUCUCUGCAUCUUCUUGGGGAUCCAGCACUUCCUUACGGCCCUGGGGGCGCUUGUGGCAGUGCCUUUCAUCCUGGCCAAGGAUCUGUGUUUGCAGCAUGACCCCCUGACCCAGAGCUACCUCCUCGGCACCAUUUUCUUCGUCUCUGGCAUCUGCACUCUUCUGCAAGUGUUUUUAGGAGUCAGGCUGCCCAUUCUCCAGGGAGGGACGUUCGCUUUCGUGGCGCCCUCUCUGGCCAUGCUCUCCCUUCCUACCUGGAAGUGCCCCGAGUGGACGCUCAAUGCCAGCCUGGUGAACACCAGCUCUCCUGAAUUCACCGAGGAAUGGCAGAAGAGGAUCCGAGAGCUGCAGGGAGCCAUCCUGGUCGCUUCCUGUGUCCAGAUGCUGGUGGGCUUCUCGGGUCUCAUAGGCUUCCUCAUGCGCUUCAUCGGCCCCUUGACCAUCGCUCCGACCAUCGCCCUCAUGGCUCUGCCCCUCUUCGAUUCCGCCGGCAAUGACGCCGGGAUCCACUGGGGGAUCGCGGCCACGACCAUCUUCUUCAUCGUGCUGUUUUCCCAGUACCUGAAAAACAUCGCGGUGCCGGUGCCUGUUUACGGACGAGAGAAGAAGUUUCACACCUCUAAGUUCUACCUGUUUCAGGUCUUCCCUGUGCUGCUAGCGCUCUGCCUCUCGUGGCUGCUCUGCUUUGUGCUCACCAUCACAAACGCUCUACCCUCGGCACCCACAGCCUACGGGUACUUGGCUCGUACCGACACCAAAGGCAACGUCCUGAGCCAGGCUCCUUGGUUUCGCGUCCCUUACCCAGGACAGUGGGGCCUCCCCACCAUCAGCCUGGCUGGCGUCUUUGGGAUCAUCGCCGGGGUUAUCUCCUCCAUGGUGGAGUCCGUAGGCGAUUACUACGCCUGUGCCCGCCUGGUGGGGGCGCCACCCCCUCCGAGGCACGCCAUCAACAGAGGCAUCGGCAUUGAGGGCCUGGGCUGCCUGCUGGCAGGGGCCUGGGGGACCGGGAAUGGCACCACCUCCUACAGCGAGAACGUGGGUGCACUGAGCAUCACGAGGGUGGGGAGCAGGAUGGUGAUUGUCGCCGCGGGCUGUGUGCUGCUCCUGAUGGGCGUAUUCGGGAAGAUCGGGGCUGCCUUUGCCACCAUCCCGACCCCCGUGAUCGGAGGCAUGUUCCUGGUGAUGUUCGGGGUCAUCACGGCCGUGGGGAUUUCCAACCUGCAGUACGUGGACAUGAACUCAUCCAGAAACCUCUUUGUCUUUGGCUUCUCCAUCUACUGUGGGCUUGCUGUUCCCAACUGGGUGAACAAGAACCCCGAGAGGCUCCACACAGGGAUUCUCCAACUGGACCAGGUCAUCCAGGUGCUGCUGACCACAGGCAUGUUUGUUGGUGGAUUUCUGGGUUUUCUACUGGACAACACCAUCCCUGGAAGCCUGGAGGAGAGAGGCCUCCUGGCAUGGAAUCACAUCCAGGAGGAAUCCGAGGAGACUGCGAGGGCCUCGGAGAUCUACGGCCUCCCCUGUGGGAUUGGCACCAGGUUCUGCACGUCCGCCUGCACCCGGGGCCUCCCCUUCUGGCCCAGGCCGGAAUGCGGGGGGCAAGGCGAGGUGGGAGUGAGCCAGCUCACGCUCUGCUCCCGGGACUCCUCAGCCGAGCGGCCGAAGGGCGCCGCAGAAACCGCGAUGUGAGGACGCUCCUUCCGCACGGCCCGCUGGCCUCUCCAUCCCAGCGUGGACGUGCUGAUCUCCCGCUCAGGUCUGGGUGGCACCCGCCCUCGCACAUGGGGGCGGCCGGAUAAGUGUUAGACGAAGACCACGCCAGGCGAGUGUGCUUUGACCUGGUCACUUAGCCACCGACGUCCGGCCCCAGGCCACAUCCUUCCACCGUGCCGCCCUCCUGUCUCCAGAAGCCUUUCGUCCAUAUGCUCCUGGCAGUAUUUUGAUGCACUGCGAGGAAGAGGCUUUGGGUGGGGCAGGGGACAGAGAUGGAGCUGCUUGCUGAAAAGUGAAGGACACAGUUCUCCCUCAAAGAGUCAGGAGGCCCUGCUGGCCCCUCCUCUCCAGCCCCCCACCCCUCCCCCCAAGCCAACCAUCUUCAAACCCUGAAGAGCCAGCAAAGCCACCGUCCCUGCAUAACCCCAGUGGCAGUCCUUGAGAUCAGCUAGAGCUGGGGCAGAGGAGUCAGACAGGACUGGGUUUGGAUCCUAGGACUUAACCUGCAUGUCAAAUUCUUGAGAGGACAUGAAACAAAGCAUUUGAGAGGCCUUAAGUAGAGGGGAACCACUGUUGUUAUUAUUUGUAAACUGUGAAGAGCCAGGGGAAUCUCUUUUCUCUGCAUGCUCAGUGGAUUAUGCAGAAUUCUCCAGAGAAACAGAGCCAAUAGGAUAUAUAUGUGUGUGUGUGUGUACACAUACAUAUAUAAACACAUAUAUACAUACACUUACACACACACAUGCACACACACACAUAUGUGCGGAGACUGGGGAAGAGAUUGAUUUAAGGAAUGGGCUCAUGUGAUUCUAGACGUUGGCAAGUCCAAAGUCUGCAGGAUAGGCCAGCAGGCUGAGAAGAGUUGCGGCUGGAGUCUAAAGGCAGUCGCUGGUAAAAUUCCCUCUUCCUGGGACCCGUCAAACUUUUGGUCUAUGAAGUCCUUCAACUGAUUGGAUGAGGCCCACCCAUAUUAUGGACGGUAAUCUGCUUUUCUCAAAAUCUUCUGAUUUAAAUGUUCAUCUCCUCUAAAAAAAAAUACCUUCACUGAAACAGUUAGAAUAAUGUUUGACCAAAUAUCUGAGUACUAUGGCCUAGGCGAGUUGACACAUAAAAUUAACCAUCACGCCCAGCGUACAGGCUGAGGGGCAUUUAUGCACCCUACCCAGGAGCCUCACCAGAAAGUGCUCAGAACACUGUAGGGCUUGGCUGGGCCUCCAUUCAGGAGUCUUUAUGACCAGAAGAAGCAGAUGUAGCUGACUCUACUUUGAUGUCCUGUAGCACAGGGUUGAGAUUAGCACUGUCCCUGGGCUCCAGCACUCUCUAGAACCCAUCCAAACAGUGCCCUGAAUCCAGGUGUGCUGAAAGUACCCGGUGUCAUGGCACCUCCAGGGGCAGAACCUGCCUGUCCUCUUGAAAGGCUGUGGCCAGGGCCUCAGGUGCAUCUGGUACCCCGUAGCACAGGUGCCCUGCAGCAGGCCAGCAACCUUACACCUAACGACUCUGAAAGACCAACAGACAUGGGCCACACUCCUCUUAAACACUUUAUAAUAAUCAGAAGCUACGACCAUCAAAAUGCUUUUGGAACAGCCCACUCCAAAACAUCCUACAAGGCUGGGCAGGGGCAGCCUUGGCUGGCAGCAUUCAAACCUGGAGACUGCCUGCCCUCCUCCUCCCCCUCGGGCUCCCAGCCCUUCUGCACUACAGAUCUUCGUCGUCAAAUGUCUCCAUGCACCUCAACAUUAUCAUCUCAUCAUCAACGGGAAGGUCCGGUUCCUGCAAAACACAGGUAGAAGAGGAUUUGGGUUUUUUUGUUUUGUUUUUGUCCUUUAAGGGCCACACCCGCGGCAUAUGGCGUUUCCCAGGCUAGGGGUCGAAUCGGAGCUACAGCUGCUGACCUGCACCACAGCUCAUGGCAACGCAGGAUCCUUAACCCACUGAGCGAGGUCAGAGAUCGAACCUGCAACCUCAUGGUUCCUAGUUGGAUUCGUUUCUACUGCACCACAAUGGGAACUCCAGGAUUUGAUUUUUAAUGAAGGGCUCCUCAGGCAGAUGAGAAGGCCCCGACAUCUCAGGUGUGGACCCCCCCCACCCCCGACUGCUCCCCGAUAUCUCUUCAGCUGUAACUUCUCCAGCCAGGAAGUUACAGGCAGUGUGUGUGUGUGUGGGGUGUCCAUUUGCAUUUCGCUCCACUCCCUGCUUUGUGAUUUCCGGAAAGGCUUCCUCUGGAUACAGCAGAGCUGGCUUCUUCCGGCCCCUGGGGAUUUCUGGGAUCCCAUAAGAGAGAACCAGGAAAUCGUAAAGCUUUAUCCAAGUGCCCGGCCACAGAGAACGGUACAUUGCACCAUGAUGCACCCGCUGCAGGGAUACCAUGCAGCUGUUCCAAAGAAAGGGAACAAGUUGGCACUGUAUUUGCGGGAUACACUGAAAGGGGCAAGGGGCAGAGCAGUGUGUCUGACAGGCUCCCAUUUGUGUUUGAAAAGUCAUAGGAAGACCCAGAGAGUAUCUCCGACGGCUGUACGAGAAACGGGUCAUGGCAGUUGCCAUAGGGGAAGGGAGUGCGCUGGGAACCCAGGGACACCAGCAGCAGAGAGACCUUUCGGUAACAUUCGAACUUUAAGGCCGUGUUCAGGGGUUAGCUAUUAGCUGUUAGGAGACAAUGUCUCCAAGAAACAGCGCUGUUUUAUUUAGCAAGGGUCUCUGGUUCCCUUAACCAUGACCCCAGCUGCCUCCUCUGACCCCCCAUGACCUCCUCCCCUCAAAGCACAUUCCCGGGUUAGUGCUCUUCCUGCCUCGCCCCACCCCCCCAUCGUGAGUCCUGCUGGUUAGGGGUUGAUCUCCUCGGGCCCUGGGAAGCACCCUCACCCCAGCCAGCCACCUCACGAGUGUGGGAGCCGGUCCCCAGGGUGAUGGCCAGAACGAAGCGUCGCCAGCUCUGGAGAACAGGCCUCGCCGGCCGUGCUCUGCAGGUGGGGCAGGGCGCAGGGAGCCCAAAAGCAGGGAGAGCUGGUCCGAGGAAAAUCACCCCAGCCCCUAGCCCAGGGUGAGGACGACAGCAAAGACUGAGGAAAGGGGAAGUCGGGGCACAGGGGGUGCCUGGGGGCCGGGCGACCUGGGAGGGAGCCCCACAAUCUCUGUCACACAGAUCGCCGGAAUAUCACUCACAGGAUUUUACUUCCUUAAGCCCCGAAAACGGUGAUGAGGCAUUUUUAAGCUGCAGAUGUGUGCGAGCGCUAGGCUGUGAGAGGUGUGUGCUGGAAUUGGGGGCUGCAGUGUGUUGAGUAGCACCCCCCAUUCAUGUCCACCUGGAAACAGUCUUUGCAGAGGGGAUGAGUUAAGGAUGUCAAGCUGAAAUCAUCCUGGAUUUAGGGUGCGCCCUCAAUCCAAAGACCUGGUGUCCUUAUGAGAGGGACAGAGAAACACACAGAAGAGGGCCACACAAAGACAGAGGCAGCGACUGCAGUGAUACAGCUACAAGCCAGGGGGUGCCCAGGGUGGCUGGGGCCACCAGAUGCUAAGAAAAGGCAAGGAAGAAUUCUUCCCUCGAGCUUUCACGGAGAACACAGCCCUGCCAAUACCUUAAUCUGCCUCGAGGCCUUCAGAACGACGAGAGAAUAAAUUUUGGUUGUUUGAAGA